GUGACGCGCGGCUCGAUCUGACGCAGACGGAGACUCUGGGACUCUGAGAGCGACUGCUGAUGAAGCCGCUGAACACCGGAGCGCUGCGCUGGACACGAGACACACAGCAGGAAGUGUGCUUUGGUGUUUCGGUCACGUUUAACUUCGGCUGGACUUCAUGCCGAGUGACGGAUCUACAAUGUUCACUGGUGCAACUUUCCAAAGUGUUCUGUUGGUGGCGAUCUGUCUCGUAAGCUGGGCCGCCCCACAUGGCCUCGAACGCCCAGGAGACCUUCGUGGAGAAGAUAAAGAGUCGGCAUCAGCUGACAGAUCACUGGAUUCAGGCUCCUCCAGUCUGACGGUCCCCAACACAUCCCUGAGCAUCACCGGUGGAGAACCCAACACCACACCAGCAUCUGCACCGGAUGGAAACGAGGACAGACGGUCCAGGAUGGAUGAGCGGCAGAACACCACGCCUCCGUCCUCUGGAGAUUCUCAUGUCUCUCCGUCUCUGACGACGCCUCCUGCUGGAGAUCUGGAGAGAAGUGACACGCUUCACUGGAACUCAUCUGCGGAGGACAGAGGACCGACUCCUUCAGCUCUUCAGUCAGAUGCGUUCAGCCUCUCGCCGCUCACCGGCGGAGACUCGGCGGCUGGAUUAGCAGCUGAAUCCGGACUGAGCUUCAGCUCCAGACUGCUGGACUCGCCGGAUACCUGGACCGAAGCGGAUCGUCUGCAGGCAGAGGAAGUGAGCGUCUUUCCCUCCUCUCAGGACGUCAGCACAGAGGUCACCAUGUCCUCCGAAGACCUUCCUCUGAUUUUUGAGCCGUUUGAAGACGUCACGGCGCCCGGAGCAUCAUCCGGACCGUCUGUCGCCAUGACGCCAGCGGCCGUAACCAUAGGAGACCCAGAGCUGGAGCGGAUGGUGUCCAUGGUUACGGAUCACAUUUCCUCUGACGGCCGUCUCUCAGGAAUGCUGGAGACGUCUGGAGUGACAGAGCCAAUCACAGAACCCCAUCCGGAAGCAGAGCAUUAUGGGACGACACAACGUGAGAAUAUAUAACAGAG